GAAAUCAAAGGCUAGCGGCUUUAUUGUUGGCGCUGAAAAGCAGCUAAUGGCCGCCCAUCGCAGAUUUGCACCAUGAACCGGCGGGGCGCCCCGGGUUUUACGCAUCAAACCCCCACUCCACCCCGCGCACCCACCCCCCAACGACCCCGUGGUGCGGCUUCCUGCCCCUAUGCCGCAUUCUAUCUCUUUAUCAAUCUGGCCGACCUUCACAAGUGCACACAAUUUCCAUUCAAUAUAGACAUAAGUAAAAUAUCACAACAUAAAUACAAGUUUCUUGAUGUAUUGCAAGCGAACAGCACUUGAGAUCUCGCAUCACUUUCUGCAGAAAUUCUCGGUUUCUGUGUAUAACAAGGUGCUUUUUUUGCACGUUUGGAGUGUGAGACCUCACACUUCAUCUCUCACCUUUCUAUCAGCCCUUAGCUGAACUAUCAAAGACAAACAUUUCACCUUUUAUUUAUUGAUGUUGUUCUUCAGAAGAAAACACCAUUUAUACACCAGGGGUGUUUUGGGAUAAGGAGCACCAAGGAAAUUUAAGGAACAGUGCACUUUUAUUUAUUUACUUUUAUUGAUUUUCUGUAUGUAAAUAACUGAAAGAAGGACGAAAAGAUGACGUUCAAAUAAAUCAAAAGAACCUCAGGAGUGAAAACAAAAUUAUAUAAAAUUCGGUUUUGUGUGCAUGCACGUGUUUAUAAUCAGUGUUUUUUUGAAACAAACAAAUACAUAAAUGUGAGCAAUGUACAUUUUUCUAUUACUUAUCUUGCAUCAUAAUUUUUAUUAAUAACACAUGAAUUUUCAAAAGUGAAUUAUGUAAAUCUAGCCAGUAAAUAAAGAUAUUAAUCCUUUUAGACCUGCUUAAAUUCAUAUUGUGCAUUUAAAAUCCCUUGAUUAAAAUAAAUAAAUAAAUAAAAAUCAUGGGCAAUCUUCUGAUCACUUUACCCUAUCCCCUUUUCCUGUAUGUAAACAUUUAAAUAUGAAGGAGAGAUCAUUAAGAGGAAGUUAUUAUUUGUGUCCUGCAUGUUUAUUAAACACGUUGACUAGUUUGCAUUAGAAAUACAGAUGCAUGUGGGAAUACUGUAACAUGAAUACAAGACUCAUAGUUUAGUCAAACUCAGAGCUGACUAUUAAUCCAUCCAUACAAACUUGUAUUUUUUGUAGGGGAAAUGCUUAUUCAUGCUACAUCACCUAUAUUGCCCGAUACUCCCUGUAUCUUCUCACUACAUGUUUUUUGCACCCUAAGUAUGACCAAUGAGGAGGUUUCGUUCCCAGAAAUCAAGUUCAUUCACAAAUACACCAUCAGCUGAGCCCUAUUGUGUGUGGUGACCAAUGGGAGGUGAGAUCAUUAACACUCCAGCCUCCAACAUGGAUUGAUUAGGGAAAGCUGAGAGUAGAGCUGCAGUCCACAUUCGGAAGUUUGACCUUUUGUAGGAAGGAGGAAAGUGGUGGUGGUGGUGUUUGUGGUUUUAGUGUUGAGGUGCAGGAGUAAUUCAAUUGAUGGCAUUAAACGAGGGCUGCUCACGUUUUCAGCCAGUCUGGAUUUUCUCCUGAGAAGUUCCUGGGAUUAGAAACAGUACCUGGAAACCUUUUUUUUUGUAUUAUUAAAAAAUAUACAUAUUAUUAGCAUGGACCUGCUGAAAACGGCAACUUAAUAGCAGUUCUUUUGAGGACAUUUGUGUUCUGCGUUGUGGUGGGAUUGCUUGAUUUUGGGAGGAUGUCGGAUCGCCCAGAGAGUCCUCCAGAAGACUGCAGUAACCGGGCAUACGAGCUCUCCAGGUCCAUGUCCUCGUACUCCUCAGCGCCGGGACAUGAAGGCCUGCAGUUUGCGCACAGCAUGCUCCAAGAUCCGGGCCUGCUCUUCAACAAGGCGCCUUUCAACGGCCUCAAUGCUGCUCACACACAGACCUUCUUCUCUUUCCCACCGGUCGGUGGAGAUUUCAGGCACAACGAGGCGCAGGUGGUUGAUUUCACGCAGCCCAAACACUGGUACCCGUUUACGGCCCCUGAGUACACGGGGCAGGUGGCAGGGGCCACUGCGACCACGCAGCCCUCGAACCUGAGUCCUCCUAUUGCUGAAACACGGGAGCAAAUCAAGAUGCCUGAGGUUAAAACCGAGAAGGAUGGAAGUGAAGAGUACGGCGGCGCUGAGACCAAAGGUCAGGCACAUUUUGUCGGCCCGGCAACCACCGUGCCCGCCGGCGUGUAUUACUCCACUUCUGCCCCGUGGACUCCGUCUUUUUGGCCUGGCCUCACUCAUCUCACAGGGGCGACUGCUGUGGCUCAAGCGCCUCCGACCCCGUCCGCGUCCUCACCUUCUCUAUCCCCGUCUCCGCCCGGGAAUGGGUUCGGCAGCUCUGGCUUUUACAGCGGAGCCACCGGGCAGAGCAGCGCCAACGCCGCCGCCGCCCAAGUGCAGAACAGCGGCCGCAGCAGCGGCUCCUCCAGCGGGGGCUGCAGUGACUCCGAGGAAGAGGAGACUUUGACCACAGAGGAUCUGGAGCAGUUUGCCAAGGAGCUGAAGCACAAGCGAAUCACACUCGGGUUCACGCAGGCGGAUGUCGGCCUUGCGCUUGGGAAUCUCUAUGGGAAGAUGUUCAGUCAGACGACCAUCUGUCGCUUCGAAGCGCUUCAGCUCAGCUUUAAAAAUAUGUGCAAGCUCAAACCGCUGCUCCAGAAAUGGCUGAACGAAGCAGAAGCGUCAGAAAACCCACAAGAUAUGUACAAAGUCGAGCGGGUUUUUGUUGACACGAGAAAGCGAAAAAGGAGGACCAGCUUGGAGGGUUCGGUCCGCACUGCGCUCGAAUCCUACUUUCUCAAGUGUCCCAAGCCCAACACGUUGGAAAUAACGCACAUAUCUGACGAUCUCGGCUUAGAAAGAGACGUGGUGCGUGUGUGGUUCUGUAACCGCAGACAGAAAGGCAAGCGACUGGCUCUACCUUUCGACGAAGAGGGCGCCGAGGGCCAGUACUACGACCAAAGUCCGACGCCGCCUCCCCACAUGGGCGGUGCACACAUCACGGGUCAGGGUUACCCAGGACCCGGGCACCCUGGCGCCAUGCCAACACUGUACAUGCCACCUCUUCAUCGACCAGAGGUCUUCAAACAGGCCCUGCACCCAGGACUAGUGGGUCAUCUCUCUAGCUAAGCUGCCUGUAUAGCCUUCUUUCUCCCACGCUAUUGCAGUGCUGCAAUAAGAGAACUCGCAUGUUGCUCAAUUGCUCUGGAUGAAAUAGACUUUUUUUUUUUUCCUUUUUGAAAUAAUGCUGCAUUCAUUCUUGCUUUGUUGCUCUAAACAUGCAAUGUCGAUGAAACCUGAGCCUUUCUGGUUUAGAAAUGAACACACCGUGUGCCAGCCGACGGUGACUCGGAUCAGAGGGGUUUUUUUUUGUUGAAACUGCUUGGUGAUAAAAUGCAUUUGCACAGCUCAUGGUUUCAUUCUGAAACAUGAUUUUUUUUUUUUUUUUAAAUUUAGUUUUAAAUCUACACACACCCGUUCCUUCCUGGAAUUUGUUUAAUGUGUGUAUAUAAUUUCUUUUAAAUUUUAAGAUGAACUUUUAACUGGUGGGUUUUUUGUUUUGGUUUUUUCCCCUCUUUCUUUUGUACUUGAUGGGUAAGAAUAAGAAAACAUUAGUCAAAGGUUUUGAUCGUUUUUAUUCUGAAUCCUUUUGUCGAGCUAAAGAGAUGGUAUACGAGAAUCAUUUUGGCCUUUGAAAGAGCAUUAAACACUGCUUCCUUAUGGCCGUAUUUGGUAACUUAACCCUGCAUACACACAUUUCUGCAUUUCGAACGUUUAAUUAACCCGUGCCUUAUUUGCUUGUCACAUAUCGAUGAACACUCUUGUAUACAACACUGUAAAUGAUGUGAAAUGUGCUAAUUUAUUGACAAGUUUGAAGUGAUUAGCAUUUCUGAAAAUUGCGUGCAUUUCCUGACUUGGAGUGUCGGUAAUUAAAACGAUUCUUUUUGACUGUU